CUGCUCAGACGCCUUCCAGGUGGCUCGAGGCAGCCGGGAUGUCAGCUCUCCCCAGGAACCCUGCUUCCCGCUGAGAAACAUGAUCAGCAAGUCCCCUCCCCUGUGCAUGUACCCUGCAGGCUGGAAGCUCCUGGCCAUGUUGGCACUGGUCCUGGUCAUCAUGGUGUGGUAUUCCAUCUCCCGAGAAGACAGGUACACUGAGCUCUUUUAUUUUCCAAUCGCAGAGAAGGAGGAGCCGUGCCUGCAGGGCGAAGCAGAGAGGAAGGUCUCUAAGCUCUUUGGCAACUAUUCUCGAGAUCAGCCCAUCUUCCUACAGCUUAAGGACUAUUUCUGGGUCAAGGCACCCUCUGCCUACGAGCUGCCCUACGGGACCAAGGGGAGUGAAGACCUGCUUCUCCGCGUUCUAGCCAUCACCAGCUACUCCAUUCCAGAGAGCAUCCAGAGCCUCAAGUGCUGCCGCUGCGUGGUGGUGGGCAACGGGCACCGGCUCCGCAACAGCUCGCUGGGAGACGUCAUCAACAAGUACGACAUGGUCAUCAGAUUAAACAAUGCCCCAGUGGCUGGCUACGAGGGUGAUGUGGGUUCCAAGACCACCAUGCGCCUCUUCUACCCAGAGUCUGCCCACUUCAACCCCAAGGUGGAGAACAACCCCGACACGCUCCUCGUCCUGGUGGCUUUCAAGGCGAUGGACUUCCACUGGAUCGAGACCAUCCUGAGUGACAAGAAGCGGGUUCGAAAGGGCUUCUGGAAACAGCCUCCCCUCAUCUGGGACGUCAACCCCAAACAGAUUCGGAUCCUCAACCCCUUCUUCAUGGAGAUCGCAGCUGACAAACUGCUGAGCCUGCCAAUGCAGCAGCCGCGCAAGAUGAAGCAGAAGCCCACCACAGGCCUGGUGGCCAUCACCCUGGCCCUCCACCUCUGCGACGUGGUGCAUAUUGCUGGCUUUGGCUACCCAGAUGCCCACAAUAGGAAGCAGACCAUUCACUACUACGAGCAGAUCACACUCAAGUCUAUGGCGGGGUCAGGCCACAACGUCUCCCAGGAGGCCCUGGCCAUCAAACGGAUGCUGGGAAUGGGAGCAGUCAGGAACCUCACUUACUUCUGACCUCGACAGGGGCUGUGCCCACCGGCCUGCCACUCCGCUGCCUGAGCGACCCCAGCCACGGCUGUGCGGGUACCUGGUGCCAGCAUGACCAGCCCGGACCCCCCUCGCCUGCGUGGGGAGGGGUCCCGGAGCUGGCCAGGUCUGAGAAGGGGCCAUGCCCCUGGCUGCUCUCGCGGAGGCCAGAUCUGGUCAGGGCGGAGGCCCGGGCAGUGGGAGCCCAGCGCAGGGACGAGGCUUGUGGUCCUGCCUGUCAGCGCAGGGAGAUUAUUUAACGGGCUAUUUAAUUAAGGGGAAGAAAGUGCUGUGGGCUGGUCCCAUGGCAUCCAGAAAAGGAGGCAUGUACAGUGUGUGGACCACUUUUUAUAAAAUCACAAAAAUGAUGGACCCACGAAGGCCUACACCCAGAGUAAGCCUCCCAGGAAGGGGGUCAUCUGGAGUGGGUGGUGUCCUCCAGAGGGGCUGGUCCUCCCAGCAGGCGUGGGAAGAGCAGUGGUGGGGGUGUCCUCGGAGAAGGCAACCUCAUCCAGGAACAAGGCACCAGACAAAUUAAACUAUUUUCCUAAAAUG